AUGGCGCCAUCCGCCGCCGCCUCGAGCACCCUCCUCGUGCUCCUCGCCCUCCUCCUCUCCCCCGCCGUGGCGGCGGCCGCGGCGCCGCAGAGCAGGCACCGCCUCGGCGCGUCCUUGCAGGUCGCCUCCCUCAACGCGUCGGGGCCGCCGACCACCUUCUUCGAGGUGGACCGCCCGAUCCGCCCGCCGCGCGGCAGCGCGGGGCCCUGCUCCACGCUGCUCCUCUCGGCCACCUUCGGCGCCACCUACGGCCGGCCCCCCGUCACCGCCUCCUACGCGCCGCCGGCCUGCCUCGGCGCUGGCGGCACCCUCGCGCUCGCCGUGCUCGAGUGGGCCGCCGACUGCCGCGGCCGCCAGUUCGACCGCAUCUUCGGCGUCUGGCUCUCCGGCGCCGAGCUCCUCCGCAGCUGCACCGCCGAGCCGCGCCCCAACGGCAUCCUCUGGUCCGUGUCCCGCGACGUCACCAGGUACGCCGCCCUCCUCGUGGAGCCCGGUGAGGUCGCGGUGUACCUCGGCAACCUCAUCGACAAAACAUACACCGGCGUCUACCACGCCAACCUCACGCUCCACCUCUACUUCCACGCCGAGCCGCAGCAGCAGCAGCAGUCCGAUCUGAUUGUGCCCAUCUCAAGGAGCUUACCCUUGAACGACGGGCAGUGGUUCGCCAUCCAGAACUCUACCGAUGUGCAGUCAAAGAAGCUCGCCAUUCCGUCGAACACCUACAGGGCGGUACUUGAGGUCUUCGUUUCCUUCCACUCCGACGACGAGUUCUGGUAUACCAAUCCACCCAACGAUUACAUUCAGGCGAACAACUUGUCCAAUGUCCCCGGCAAUGGUGCAUUCAGGGAAGUCGUAGUUAGGGUGGAUGGUGAAGUCGUCGGCGCUGUUUGGCCAUUCACUGUGAUUUAUACCGGUGGUGUCAACCCGCUUCUAUGGCGGCCAAUCACUGGAAUCGGCUCAUUCAAUCUUCCGACAUAUGACAUUGACAUCACGCCAUUCUUGGGCAAGCUCCUGGAUGGCAAGGAGCAUGAUUUUGGGUUUGGCGUGACAAACGCUCUUGAUGUGUGGUACAUUGAUGCCAAUUUGCAUCUGUGGUUGGAUCACAAGAGUGAGAAGACCACUGGGAGCUUGCUGAGCUAUGAUGCAUCUGGAUUGGACCUUAAUGUGAACUCAGAUUUCACUGGGUUAGAUGGGCAGUUUGUGACAAGUGCAAGUCGGCAUGUCUCUGCCACUGGAUGGGUGAAAUCGUCGUUCGGGGAGGUCACCACAACCUUCUACCAGAGAUUCAGCUAUGAAAACAGCAAUGUGUUUAGAAAGAAUGGCACUGUGCAAAUAGUGAACCAAACAAUCGAUGCAAAGUCUGGCAUUUUUGCCAAGGAUGCUUCUGCUGUGCUGCUCUCUGAGGAAUUCCAUGAGGUUUUCCCACUGUAUCUUUAUACUGGAACCUCAGAUCAAGCGGGUGAUGAGUACUCAUUGGAUUCACUUGUCAAAUUUGGUAUCAAUGAGAAGAAGACCUCUGGUGGGAAACUGGGCUUCUUGUACAGCUCCCUGCGGAAUGCACAAUCAGCGCAAGGCACUAUGAGGGUGAAGAAGAAUUUGGUGGUCGGUGGAUUGGGGAAGACCCAUCAGGUGUAUAAGUAUGUGGGAACUGAUGGAUGCUACUUCAGGGAUGUGAGCAGCAAGAACUACACUGUACUUUUCGACCGCUCUGAUGAUUCUUGUUCAAAAGGAGCAUAUAGAGGUGCCAGCGCGAAGUUGAAUGAUCAGCCAGCAAGAAGAAAGUUGCUGGCGAACAAAUUGUAA